AUGGAUCCGCCGUAUUACACCGCCGGCGGCAACUCUUCCACCUCUAGAAAAGAACUUCAAGUCGGCCAUCAUCCACGUCAUCCUCCAGUUCCACCGCCACGUCAACCUCAAUAUCCGCCGCCGAAACCGAUAAUAAUCUUUUCGAUCUCUCCUAAACCCAUCCAUACAACUGUCGGCGAUUUCCCUGCUUUGGUUCAACGUCUAACCGGUCAUUACUCCGGCGACUAUUCUGCAGACGAUGGCGGUGGAAACGUGUCUCCGGCGGCUAGAUUGGCUUCGAUUGAAGGGGCGAGUCCUAGGGAAAGAGAUAGAGAUAGGGGAAAUGAAAUUAGAGAGGAAGAGAUGUAUGAAGAUUUGAGGAGUUUGAUUGAAGGGUUUGAUAGGGAUCAGAUUCGGGGGAUACUUUCGCCGGUGCCGAUGAGUUUGCCGCCGAUUCCUGAUGGGUUUUUCUCGCCGGUUUCUGAGAUGCAAGAUUUUUCGGUUUUUAAUGAUUUGAGUCCUUUUUAUUAUGGGAAUAUGUUGAUUACAAGUCCUUCAACACUUUAUUCACCUCCAUUUGAUGUAUCAAGAUUGUUUGACUAA